CUAUUUAGCAGUACGAAGGCAGGCGGACGGAGAGACCGAGUGUUAGAGCAACAGUGUCAGGGAGCUGGGUUUUUAAAUAUAAAAACAGUUGUUUUUGGGGGAAUAAGGUAGGUUAUUUCCGUGGAAUUAUUUGCACAAAUGCUGUCCUUUGCAUGAACGACUUGCGUUCGCGGCCGAAAAGCGGAUCAACUGGUGGUGCGCUGGAUUUAUUUAUACGCGGGCCGCGUCCAAAACCGAGCUCGCUCCCUCUGCAGGGAGCGGAAUAGGGGGUCAGGAUGAACGUCGGUGUGGCCCACAGCGAGGGGAACCCCAACACUCGGGUCAUGAACAGUCGGGGGAUCUGGCUGACGUACGCGCUGGGCGUAGGAAUGCUUCACGUCGUGCUCUUGAGCAUUCCGUUCUUCAGCGUUCCAGUCGUCUGGACUCUCACCAACGUCAUUCACAACUUGGGAAUGUACGUGUUCAUGCAUGCGGUUAAAGGAACACCGUUCGAGACUCCAGACCAGGGCAAAGCCAGACUCCUCACACACUGGGAACAGCUGGACUACGGCGUGCAGUUCACAUCUUCCAGAAAGUUCUUCACCAUUUCACCCAUCAUUUUAUAUUUCCUGACGAGCUUCUACACGAAAUACGACACGGCUCAUUUUGUGAUCAACACAGCGUCGCUGCUGAGCGUCCUCAUCCCCAAACUGCCGCAGCUCCACGGCGUCCGACUCUUCGGCAUCAACAAGUAUUAACCGGCCAGGAUGGAAAGAACGCCUCCUUUUUCUCUCUCUCUUUCUCUCUCAGCUCCAGGAGGCACUUUGCAAUUUUGUACAGAGUGUAAUUUAGUGUCUGUCUUUCGCCCACACGCACCUCGAGGUACCCCGGAGUGGUUUGGUGUGGGGGAGGGGACACGUGACGACGCCUCAAGCAUUAAUUUAAAUAUUUAAUUUCUUUUUUCUUUUUCUGUUUGUCCCCUGUUUUUCUUUCAGCUCCCUCAUGGAUCUGGGCUGGCCUGGGUUUCACAUUUGAGGUUGUGUGUGUGUGUGUGUGUGUUUUUGUUUGUGGGUGUGCACUAAAUCCGAGGCUUUUUAAACCCCAAACAACCCCCUCCCCCCACGUCUCAAGUCUUUAUAAAGACGUGCAUGAUUAUAUUUUUUUCUCCUUUGGUUAGAGUAUUUCAGUAGCUCCUCCAUCAGGACGCUAAAGCAGCGUGUGAGCCGAGGUUUUUAGUGUUUACUGAUGCGAGUGUGAUGAUGUUUAUGUGCUCAUUCCAGUCAGUGUACUCGUUUAUUAGGACGUAACUGUGAAUCUCUUAAUGAGCAGAGCAGCUUGGGUUUCUUUUCUUUUUUGUUUUCCUCCCAGCGUCUCUGUUUAUUCAUGGUAUUACUGGAGCUCAAACAAACCCUGUGUGUAAUAAAGGCUUAUUUGUGCUCUCGCA